CUUAGCAUAUACUUAAAAUACUGGAAAAUGAUAAGCACGCGACCAAAGUCUCCGUCGCGAGCUGAAGCCAUCGCCAUUGCUCUGAGGCCGCAGCCCUUUUACAGUAAUGGGGUUCUCUUAGGAAACUGGGUAGAAGACAAAACAGAAUGCCCUAAGCAAGGCACCUUAUACUUCCCACCUAAAGAAGAAAUCGACUAUGAAAAGUUGAAGCCCGAAUCCCGACAGCCCGAGUUCAGAAUUAAUAAACUUAACAGUUUGCGGGGCAACGUGGAAGUAGUAUACCGCCACGACAGCCACGGAAAAUGCGGCAACUUCACGACGACCAACGACCUGGUGUACAACCACCAGCCGAGGCCUCUGUGCGGGCCCGUGCAGCGGUACUACCGGCGCUGCAAGCACCAGUGGUACCCGCAGCCCGACAAUAUGGAGUGCUUCGGCAACAAGACCGAAUGGGGUUUAAAAAGGUUCAAAGAACAUGAGUGGGCCUGCACUGAUGUAUCUGAUUACGCGUCUUCGCUGUAUGAUGACACCUACGUACCACCGCGGCCUCAUCAGUACCUGCAGAGGUGCGAGCGGAAGGCCAGGAAUUCGAACUUUACAAAAGGUUUCCGAUAUUUAAUGACAAAACCAUUGGCUAAACCAAAACAAAAAAAACAAUGAUAACAUCAAGAAUCAUUUCUUUCUCAUCUUAGAAAAUUACUAGUCUUUUAAAAUAUCACAUUUUGUUCAAG